AUGGAGCAGCAGAGGAGGGAGACCAGCGCCCAGAUCUGCCCUUCUCCGGCCUACGCCAACACCAGUCAUGGCAUGACCCAGCAGGUGAGGAGGGAGACCAGGAGUGAGCGGGUGACCGCCAUGGGCGGGUACAACCUGUUCCUGGCGACCAAGAUGCCGCCGGAGCACCGCAUCUACGACCCGGACUUGGAGUCGCUGGAGUUGUCCACGACCCCGUUCCUCACGGCGUUCGAGGUGCUGGACGUGUACAGCGGCCCACCCAUGGGUGUCUUCAAGUUCCGGCACUGGGGCUACAUGGAGGGCCCAUUCAAGGGCCACCCUCCGCACGGCCACCUCGUCGAGUUCUUUGGCGUCCGUGUCUUCCACGUCGAUGAAGACACCAAGGUGGAGAAGGCAGAGUUCUUCUACGAGCGUGGCAACUUCCUCGCAAGCUUCUUGUCUGCGCCUGCUACUUCUGCUUCUGCUGCAUCGGCUUCAGGUUGCCCUGUGAUGAGAGGAGACUGAAGCGCGACAGAAUCGACGAAACAUGCUUGUCACUAACUAGUAUUGUCUUCAGGCUCUCUCUCUCUCUCUCUCUCUCUCUC